CAGCAGUGAGCAUUCCACACGAUCAUUCAUUUACAAAAUUCAGAAGUGUUAACACGUGGAUAUCAAGAUCAACUGAAUUUGUAGUCCUCGUUUCUCAUUUCAUUCGAAAUCAAAAUGGCGAAUUUACGCGCAGGGUUCGUUUUUUUCGGUGUUUGCUUGUUCACUCAUUUGGAUAUAUCGCUGCAAACUUGCACUCCAGUAGAAUAUUAUAAGGAAACCGACAAUGCGGAUUUUGCCAUCAGAAUGAAAUCCGAUGGACAAAAAGUACUCGUCACCAUCUCGUACGAUACAGACACCAAUUCAGCUGAUAAUUUUUUCAAGAGCCAAUUAACAGAAUGUUUGAUUGACGGAUUUAAACAAUGCGGCACGGUUGAGUUUAGUUACAACCUGUGCACAGUGGCGAAGUUUAAAGACGGAAAUCUAUGUUGCACUUCCGAGACCCAAUGCACAAACGAUAAAUAUCAAAGCUGCAUUGCCAAAUCUUUAAAUUGUCCGACUAGCAUGGGAAAAUUCCUAAUAUGUGUUUACGCGGGUUCGUGUAUGCAACAGUGCGCUACUAAAUAUCAGCUGGAUUGGACGAAUGACAUAGAAAAGUGUGUUAAAGAUGGUACAGGAGCGACGCUCUGUAACGAUUCCCAUGGCAUUUUCCAAAAUGCUAAAAAACCACCGUCAAAUCCUGCGCAAGCGCCAUGCGCCAUCACAAACUUCAAAGAGACUGUAUGCUGGGUACUAGGACAAUCCGGAUUGAAGUGUGAUGCUGUGUGUUCUACGUAAUUCGUUAUGGAAUAUGAGAUUAUUGAUGGCUAUUGGUUAUUAUUAUUAUUGAAUUAUGUAUUAUAAGUACCUACCCAUUAACGUAAUUUAGCUUUAUUCAAUAAAAAAUAUUAUUUCUGGCAGCAUAUAAA